AAUCCACUACUUGAGGCAUUUGGUAACGCUAAGACAAUCUUAAACAACAACUCAAGUAGAUUUGCUAAGUUUCCAGCACUAAGUUUCAACAAAGAAGGAAAAAUUGAAAGUGGUGAGUACAAUAAAAUAAUUAUGAACUAUGUCGCACUGUGUCUAAAGUAG